AUGGCGACAGGGAGCAUCGCCCCACCCUCCACCUGCUCAUACCUGGAGGAGCUGGAGCCCGGGGGCCACCAGCAGGGGCCCUUGGCCUUCGCCCCGGCACCCCAGCCCGUGCCGCCCUUGCUCUCCUACCUGCACCCGUUCCCCGGCCCCGUGCCCAGCUCCCUGACCCCGCCACCACUGGAGGACACCCUCUUCCCCAGGCCCUACGGCCCCCACGGGGGCCCUUCUCAGGGCUGCUUCCCGGGCCCCACAUCGGGGCAGGUCCUGCUGCAGCCCCCCGGUGGGAGCAUGGGUCCAGUGCCCUGGAACCACCCCUGCCUGCCCGAGCUGCCCCUGCCUGGCCCCUUCUACACACAGACACUGGGCCACCACACAGGGGCAGAGGGCUACCUCCCUGAUGACCUCUUCCUGGCUCCCUAUGAGCAGACCAUGAACGGAGCGCCUUCCCCGGGCCCCACUGCACUGCCUGCAGGGGCCAGGCCGUUGGGAAUGGGGCCCCUACUCAGCAAGGCUCCAGAGGGGCUGCUGGCUGAGCCCCGGGACCAGCUGGCCACUCAGGACGAGGCUCCAGGCCCCCCUCCCGAGUCCCGGCUCCCCGCGCCCCGGGCCGGACCAGGGAGCCAGGCCUUUCUUACCAUCCCAUCCCGGGUGCACCCCAAAUGGUCACUCCCGUGCCCCCCCCCCCAGCGCUACCACUUGCGCCUCCUGUCACCUGCCAUGCCCUUUGCAGAGGUGGAGGCUCUGAGAGGCAGGAAAAGUCCAGCAGAGAGCAAGGCCGCCUCCUGA